AUGUCAUCUCACGCCAACACCACCUCGCCAGCGUGCGGGCUCACAUUCUACGACUUCAACUGCAGCCGCGCGUCCGUCACAUCAUCAUCGGAGCGCGCUCAAGUGAUGUCCCUCCUCCUCUCUAUCAGCGCCAUCACCAUCGCGGGCAACCUCCUCACCAUCACGUCCAUCCUCUACUUCAGGCAGCUGCAGACUCGCACCAACAUCCUGACGCUGUCUCUCGCCGUGGCGGACCUCCUGGUGGGCCUGCUGAUCAUGCCCUUCAGCGUGAUGCGCUCCGUGCACAACUGCUGGUUCUACGGUCGCGUCUUCUGCAGGGUCCACACGUGGCUCGACUACACCUUCUGCACGUCGUCCAUCGUCCACCUCAGCUGCAUCUCGUUCGACCGCUACGUGGCCAUCAGUGACCCGCUGCGCUACGAGCAGCGCGUCACCAGAAGGGCGUGCGUCCGCAUGCUCGUGUGCUGCUGGCUCUGCCUGCUGGUCUACGGCCUCGCCUUCAUGCUGGAGUGGAACCUGGUCGGCCUGGAGGAGGAGGUGGCGCACAUUUGUCCCGACGACUGCCCGGUACUGCUGAACCUGCCGUUCGCGAUGGCCAACACGAUCUUCGCGUGCAUCGUCCCCAUGAUGCUGAUGACGCUGGCCUACGGUAGGAUUUAUCAACUGGCCAGACAGCAGGCGAGGAAGAUCACUUCCGCCGCCGUGGGCUCGAACGCGGACUCCGCUAGGAGUUCGCUGAGACGCGAGCACAGCGCCACCAUCACCAUGGGCAUCAUCGUGGGCGUCUUCAUCUCGCUCUGGAUACCGUACUUCGUGGUGUCGGUCACGGAGCCGAUAUUCGGCUACCAUGCGAGCUCCGUCACGUGGGAGGUCAUCAACUGGUUCACGUACAUCAACUCGACGGCGAAUCCCAUCCUGUUCGCCGCCUUCAACAGGCCCUUCCGUAACGCCUUCUACCUCAUCCUCUCGGGUCGAAUGUUUGCGUCGAGCUGCAGAGGAGUCGAUCUGUUCGACGUCCUGCGGGCGCUUGCUAAAGCCCGCGGAUAA